GAACAGCUUCGCAGGGAUAAAUGUACACUUGACGUCUUCCACGAGGCUUUUAGUGUCGGCAGAACGAAAUCGUCGCUCGUGUUAGUCGUGCUCGAUCGGUGGAACGGAAUUUCGUACGACGGCGACGUCGUUGCGCGCACCCGCGAAAUUGAUUGAUCGUAAAUGAUCAUUAUCGAGAAUCAAAAUCAGGUCUAAUUUUAAGACACAUGGAAUUUACCUUCAGUGAAACCGGCAAGAUGUUAGGUCGGACCAGCGGAAGCUUCAUAAGAUGGACAGCGUUCGUACUCUGCCUGGUACCGAUAGUUUUCGGUCAGUUAGACUUACCGCCAUACAGGGACGUUGACCAAGAUAUUGGUCGACAAAUUCCUUCCAAUGAAUUAGAUUAUCGAAAUAUCUUAGCUAGAUUAGACUUCCUCGGUGCCGAGAGAUGCAGCGCCAACGUAAUAGCUCAGUGGGCGUACGAAACCAAUGUCAACGAAUAUACGCAGCUGCAAGCGCUGGAUGCGCAAAGGUUAUAUGCAGAUUUCCAAUAUCAAGCUUGGCUUCUGAUUUCCAGAAUUAAUAUAGAUUCUGUUCAGGACCCCAUAAUCAGACGACGGCUUCGUUAUUUAUUCGUCGUGGGUCCUUCGGCGCUUCCACCUGAUCAAUUAGACAGGUACAACCGCUUAAUCAACGACAUGCUUGCGGUUUAUAAUGGAGCCACCAUAUGCGCUUACAACGAUCCUUUCCGAUGUGGCCUGCGAUUAUACCCAGAUAUCUCGCAAAUUAUGGCGAAGAGUCGAGACUGGGAUGAACUGCAAUACGUCUGGACCGAAUGGAGAAGACGAAGCGGUACACCAAUUAAGGAUCUAUAUCAACAGCUCGUUACAUUGAAUAAUGAUGCUGCAAGAUUAAAUAAUUUUACGGAUGCCGCUGAAUAUUGGAUGUUUCCUUAUCAGUCUCCCAAUUUCCAACAAGAUAUUGACGAAGCUUGGGUGAUACGUCCACUUUACGAAGAAUUGCAAGCUUAUGUUCGCAGAAAGUUGAGAGAUCUUUAUGGUCCUGAAAAAAUCGGCGGACAUGCGCCCCUUCCGUCUCACAUCCUCGGUAACAUAUGGGGACAAUCUUGGACCAAUCUCUUGGAUGUUACUCUACCAUAUCCCGGAAAAACAUAUCCUGAUGUCACGCCGGAAAUGCAAGCUCAAGGCUACACACCGAUUGACAUGAUUCGUGUAGCGGAAGAAUUUUAUCUGUCCUUGAACUUGAGCGCUAUGCCGCCGGAAUUCUGGGCCGGAAGUGUAAUCGCCGAUCCAGGUGACCGUCCACUAAUCUGCCAAGCCUCUGCGUGGGACUUUUGCAAUCGUAUAGAUUACAGGAUUAAGAUGUGUACCAAAGUGACAAUGAAGGAUCUGAUAACUUUACAUCAUGAGAUGGGACACAUUCAAUAUUUCUUACGGUACAGCGGUCUACCUCGUGAAUUUCGUGAUGGCGCUAAUCCAGGAUUUCACGAGGCGGUCGGUGAAACUGUCUCUUUGAGCGUCGCGACGCCACGUCACCUGCAAACCCUGGGUCUGGCAAAUAAAUUCAUCGACGAGCGUUCCGCGGAUAUCAACUACCUCUUUUCCUUGGCAAUGGACAAACUCGUGAUGCUACCCUUCAGCAUCGCGAUGGACAGAUGGCGAUGGGACGUUGCUCGCGGCUACGUCAACAGAGAGGAAUACAAUUGUCACUGGCAUAGACUGAUGGAGCAAUACGCGGGAACGAAACCUCCGGUACUGAGAUCCGAGGACGAUUUCGAUCCAGGUGCGAAGUAUCACAUCCCGGCCAACAUCCCGUACAUACGGAAUUUCGUGGCUGGCGUUCUUCAAUUCCAAUUGUAUCGCUCUCUUUGCCAAGCUGCGGGACAGAGAUUCCUCGACAAUUCCAGAAGACCGCUGCACAGAUGCGACUUUUACAGAAACCCCCAGGCCGGCGGAAUCUUGGGGAGAUUGAUGGAGAAGGGUUCCUCCAUUCCCUGGCAGGAAACGCUUCGGGAAGCCACUGGUGAGUCCAGAUUAGACGGAUCCGCUCUUAGGGAAUACUUCCGGCCGUUGGAGGACUGGUUGAGGACCGAGAAUUUGAGAACGGGUGAAGUGGUCGGCUGGUCAUACGAUGGGGACUUUUGCAAAAGAAGCAUAGAAACUGCAGGCCUGCAAGUCUACGGUAGCGGUUUAUAUUAUGGCGGUUCUACAUCGAUCUAUGCAUCUUGGAUCACAAUAGGAAUCACAAUAGGAAUGACAGUUUGGGCGGUAUUGAUGCUUUAAUAUAAAUACGAUGAUUUAGCCGAUACAUUAUCGGGUAUUGAUGUUAAUAAAAUAGGGGGAAGUUCGCUACACAUCGUUAACCUGCCAAAACAUACCAAAUCGCAUAACAUAUUCCUACAAGAUUGCUGUCGGAAAAAUUUCUUGAACAAAAAUAGUUAAAUUAUUCACUCAGAUAUUAUUUAGUCAAGUCGGUAAGUAAAAAAAAAAUUAUUAUUACUGCCAACAAAUGCGCUAAAGUUACACAGCGCAAAAACUAAAUAUUUUUUGUAAGGUGAAAAGAUACGUGUAUUUCAUUCUAAAUAUAACACAUUAUUAAUUAUGAGAUGUUGUACGUAGAGAUAUAAAUUUUUAUUUUACAAUUAAGAAUAUAUAUAAUAUAUACAAUAUAUAAAGCGUGCAUGGAAAAAAAAGUUGUAUGUGUCGUGCGUGAAUGUAAGUGCAUAAAUUAUUUUAUACACUUGAUACAGCUCAUAAUUCACAUUCUGUAAUUAUUAACUUCACUGUUGAUAAGCAAAAUAAAUUUAUGUUUCUUUGUUGUAAA